CUUUUUGUAUAUGGUGCCUAUUGUAAGCAGUCCAGCAAUCUGACCGGCGAAUUCGCAGAUCUUGUAAACGAUCCGAAAUCACGUGGAACAAUCUUGCUCGCAUUUGGGACAAUCCUGAACUGGAAGGAAGCCCCAGCUGAACAACGCGAAGCUUUCGCUGAAGCUCUCAACAAACUCCCGGAUUAUCGUAUCAUCUGGGCAUGUCGCCAAUGUCCAGCAAUGAACCUCGGCAGUCAUGUUAGGCUGUUAGAUUGGAUACCACAGCAGGAACUACUCAAUCAUCCACGCACCAAGCUCUUCAUCACUCAUGGCGGACUUAAGAGCCUUAAGGAAGCAACAUGUGCAAAAAUGCCAACUUUAUUUUUGCCAAUUUUUGGUGAACAAGUGCGGAAUUCAUGGCUCGCGUAUCAUCACGGUUUCGGACAAAUUAUCAAUAAAUUCAAUGUUACAGCCGAUUACCUCUUAUCACUUAUUCAGGAUAUGCUUAGCAACCCAUCUUACAAACAAAAUGCCGAGAAACUGAGGAGUUACUUCGAGGAUGCGCCGAUCCCGCCACUGCAGGAAGGGGCGUUUAAAAUCAAGCGCCUGAUCAAAUAUGGUGGCCGAAUGCCGGAAUAUUUCUACACACGAUCCAUUAACAUCGACUACAUUCGAUAUCUGAAUCUGGAUCUCAUUUUGCUGAUUCCCUCACUAACUUGUUUGUUGCUAUUAGUAAAAUAA